CUCACAACAUCUCAACCUCCCUCUGACAACCUCCCCUCCACCUUCGUGUCGCAUCUUGUACUUUGUGUGUCACUGGAAGGGUAAUGCUCCGCAGUGAGUCUUUGUAUCACUUCUACCUGUCUAUACAUAUUUCACGCACAGUUUACUCCCUACAUUCUCUCGUUUGAGCUGUGCUUGGACCCCAACUCUCUGACGCAAUGCGUUCGCUGGGCCUCGUUGCCGCCGCUUCUUCAGCGCUCCUGAAUAGCUUUGCGAUUGCUUCCACUCUUGAGCCGCCUGUGCUUCCCCUCGUAGUCCGAAACCCAUAUUUGAGUACAUGGUUGCAUGCUCGAGAUGACCCAUGGGAGAAGUGGCCCUUCUUCUGGGAAGGUGCCGAGGUUGGUUUCGCUGUCUUAGCGUCUCUUCCAGAUUCCAAACAAGUGUUCCCGCUGCUGGGCAGGCCCCACGACUCCCUCGAUGAUGAUGCCGAAGAAUUUGAGGUGUUGUUUCCCAAUUACAUAGGCGCAAAGUACGAUGCAUCGACAACAAAUCUCACAUAUUCGCUUUCUUCCCGCGAAGCUUCAUCGAGCGCCGAUAACCUCCAAAUCACACUCUCCUUCCUUUCCCCCGUUACGCCCACAUCGACUCUCCGACAAUCUAUUCCCGCAUCAUAUUUGGCUAUUUACGUGGAGGGAUCAGUGGAUGUGAACAUAUAUGUCGAUGUCAAUGGACAAUGGGUCAGUGGUGAUCGGGAAAGCGUCAUUGAAUGGAGUUUCGAUCAGCAAGAGGUUGGCCGGACAACGAAGGGACUGAAAACAUGGAAAGUCCAAAGGGAGUCAGAGCUUCUCUUCACCGAGACUCACGACCAGGCCGAAUGGGGUCAGCUACACUUCACUGCGCCUUCGGACGUCCGCCAUGAGUCCGGUACUUCGGCAUUGCUGCGCCAACGAUUCGCCCGCACAGGAACAUUGCAGAACGUGAACGAUGAAAAUUUCCGCAAAAUUAUGGAUGAAGAGCCUGUCUUCGCAUUUUCGAAGGCAUUCAAGCUAGGCGCGAAAGCGAGCGCAUCGAACGAGUCGCGAAGCGGCAGCGUACUGUUCACCAUUGCCCACAUUCAGGACCCAAUUGUACAAUUUGCUUCAGCCCGAGGCUUAACGUACAUGAAGCCGCUUUGGAAGUCUUGGUUUCCACAGGAGAGUCAACUUCUAACAUUCCACUACGGUGAUUUCGAGAACGCAAAUGCUUUGGCGCGGAAUUACUCUGAGCAGCUCUACAUUGAUGCAUAUAAAUCGGGCUCUUCUAACUACGUGGAUAUAGUCGCUCUCUCUGCACGUCAAGCUAUGGGAGCAACUAGUUUCUCCGGUACCCCCGAGAACCCACUCCUUUUCUUGAAGGAGAUCUCUUCGAACGGGAAUUGCCAGACCGUAGACGUCAUCUUCCCAGCUUUCCCGUUCUUCCUCUACACUAGUCCACGAUGGGCGGCUUAUCUGCUUGAGCCUCUCCUGGAACAUCAACUCAGUGGACAAUACCCAAACAAGUACUCCAUGCACGACCUCGGAGCACAUUUCCCUAACCUUACAGGUCACGCUGACGGAAGAGAUGAAUACAUGCCAGUGGAGGAGUGUGGCGACAUGUUGAUCAUGGGUUUGGCACUCAUCAAUUCCAUGAGCUACAACACCGACGCCGAGGCUCAGUCAAUUUGGUCGACAAUUGGCGACACCGAGGACUUCAGCACACAAAGCGAGAAGGCAUUCCCAUUGACUAAUCUUGGAGCGCACAACGGCAUUGAGCAUAUUGACGAUACCUGGGGUGGCAGUGCUAAGGGUGUGAACCAAGCUAAGAAAUGGUUGCAGGGUAGCUAUGGAUUGUGGAAGCAGUGGACCGGCUACUUGGUCGAAUUUAGUCUUGAGCCCCACAACCAGCUUUGUACCGAUGAUUUUGCUGGAUGGCUUGCCCUCCAGACCAACCUGGCCCUGAAAGGUAUCAUUGGCAUCAAAGCUUUCAGCGAAAUGGCCGACCUACUCGACCGAACCGGCGACGCUGAGGAAUACCGGAAUAUUUCUGAGACCUACGUGAAGAAAUGGGAAGAGUACGGAAUUUCCCGCGAUGGUACCCAUGCCAAGCUGGCAUAUGAUUGGUAUGGAAGUUGGACGACGCUUUACUCCCUCUAUGCGGAUGCGUUGUUGUGCUUUCACCCCGACAUUACGAACAACACCGAAGCUUUUGCUGCUGGAGGUCAACGCGACCAGAAGCCUCUGUUUCCUGCGAAAGGAUCGAAUGGCCGUAGCCCCAUCACAGAAAACUUCAUCCCUUCCCACAUUUAUAAGAUCCAGUCCAAGUGGUACUCGGCAGUCAUGCAAAAAUAUGGCCUUCCCCUUGACUCGCGCCAUUUGUACACAAAGUCCGAUUGGGAGUUCGAGGCUGCUGCCGUCGCUUCGAAGAGCGUCCGCUCGGAGAUCCUCGACCGUGUAGCGUUAUGGCUGAACGAAACCUCUACCAAUCGCGCCUUCACCGAUCUUUACAACACGGAAGGCGAUGGCGGGUUCCCGAAUCCAUACUUCUUUGCUCGUCCCGUCGUUGGUGGUCAUUUUGCAUUCCUUACUUUGGAACGAGCAUGCGGUGGCACUGGUGCCCAGGUCUUUGACGAUUUAUUUGAUGAUGAUGAGUGAGUUCAUCGCCUUUGGGCGUACGUAGUCAUGUUUGAUUUGCAUCGAUGUUGCAUAGUGGAUAGGAUCAAUUUUACAUAGCACAUAAUGCUGCAAGCUAGG